AUGGGGUUUCGUUCUUUUUCCAAGAUUGGUAAAACCGUUGAGAAAGUUUCUGCAUUUUGGAAUAACGUAAAUAGACAGCAAAAGGGUAUUUGUAAUUCUGCAAAAGUUGGAGUCUUUGAUAGGAAAUGCUUGGAAACAAGAUUUUUUGAGCAAAAGGAGGGUUUUAGGGCAACUGGGUUUGUUGAUUCUUUGGAAGCAGUGGUAAUGGGGUUCAGUUGGAUAGAGAUUUUCUUGCACAGUUCUGCUGUCUCAGAAGAAAAUCCUUAUGAGCAGGGUAAACCAGUUCUGCGUCAACCUCCAGUCAGUCAGUCUGUCACUGGUUUUCUCGAUGGAGGAGUUUAUGUAAUAGAAAUCUCAUAUGCUGAUGCUUUCUGCUAUUUUCUGCAGUUGCUUCACCUGAGGCACCCUUUUGCUGCUUACAUAACUGAUGCUAUGUGUAAUGAACUUUCCAGGGUUCGUAGGCCUUUCUGGUGGAUAAACAGUUCAAUUUAUGCUGAAAUUAACGUAAGACAAUGGCAUAUGUGAAGGAGGGUGUAUGAUUUAUACCUCGGGAACAAGCAGUUUGCAGUGGUUGAACAUCUGGGCUUCUGGAAUUGGGCAUUUACUUUGAAGGAUAUAAAUGGGGAAGUGUUGUCUGAGAUAGAUCGUGAUCGGAGAGGUUUCAGUUUUGAGAUCUUUACGGAUUCUGGUCAAUAUGUGAUCCGUUUUGGGAAUGCUGAUUCCAAGUCCAAGAGUGGCCCUGCUAGAGUGAUUCAAGAGUUGGAAGUUGCUCGUCCUUUAACCCUGGACAGAGCUGUAAAUGUUGCUUUAGCUAUAUCUCUGGAUAAUGAUUAUUUUUCGAGGCAUGGUGGCUGGUAAGCUUGUUGGUUGGAUCUUAUAAUGACUUAGGUAUUGAUAUAACGCAUUCGCUUGACAGCACAAA